GUCGAUAUGUAAGUGACAUAUUAAAACACACACACGCAGUGCAUAUUACACAAUCAUGGUAAAUCAAAGAAUUAGUGAACCGUCUUCUCCCAAUUCAACAAAUGGUGAUGGCGAUGAUAAUAAUAAUAUUCUUAAUGGUGUCAAUAAUGGUGUUGUAAUCAACUGGAGUAGCUAUGCAACUGAUGCAAAUGGAAUCGAAGAUGAUGAUGAUGAUGAUGAUGAUCUGACGAAUCAGAUAGCACCACCAAUUGGUUAUGUUCUACUAGGCAGUGAAGUGUUACACGCAGCGGAUGACGGUGGUGGUGGAGAUGACAGUGAAGCAGAUGAUGCCUUGUCAGUUAGUGAAAACGAGUCAGCGUCAGCAGAGAAUCCUGCCAUCAAUCAAAAUGAUUCAUGUGUACAGUCUUUGGACAGUGGAGCAGAUUCAGUCAAUCUAGAUAUUGAUGUUGACCAACUACUUAAUCGACAGUUGGCUAGAACAGAAUUUGAACCGCGUGGAGCAUUUUCAGAUUCGAAUUUAUUGGUUGGUACAGUUGAAGACACAUCGCAUAUAGAAUUAUGGAAUGAAAAUACGCCUCCAUCAACAUCACAAAUCACAAUAACUCCAGACGAAGCAGAUAAGAUUAAAACCUGCAUGUCAAAUUUUCAACUACCACUUUCACGAUAUCCUCCAUGGGCUACACAAAUUCCAGAAGAGCUAUGGAAAGCUAAACUGCUUGAAAAACUUGGCAGUAAAUACAAACCCUAAAUAUAAUUUGUGCUCACCAUUUCCAUAAUAAUAAUUAUUAUGUUUUCUCUCUGUGAUCAUUUUGAUUUGAAAUUCCACUAUCUUUUCUUGUUAGUUACUUCAUAUGAAAUUAUUAUUAUUAUUAUUAAUUCACAUUGAAUAAACAGCUUCCUUGUAAAGUCGCUUAUUUUAUUUUAUUGAUACGUUGGAAGUUGUCUUUAACGUUGUUGCUAUUGUGAUAUUGUGUUACUCGAUAGCGAUAAUAUUAAUA